AUGACACAGCACCAGGUUAUUAGACAAAAGCGCCUUAAAGCUGGCACAGCAUGCAUUCACUGCCGCAAAAAGAAGCUUCGAUGCACAGGCACUCCUAAUUGCGCCCGAUGUGUCUCACAUAAGCUCGAAUGUAUUGUAGAUGAGGUAUUAUUCUUCAGAUCGAAUAAUACGGGAGACUUGCCCAGAUCCAAGUCUAUGGCCUCGAUACCAUACUCUUCUCUCGGACCUAAUAUAAUUCAGCAACAACGUUGUUACCUGACAGCCCAUAAGGGCCAUCACUAUCAAUGUACUCCUUCACCCGACUCUUGCUACAACCGACAUUAUCGUGCCCAGAGCCAUCCCCAUCAUGUCGAUACUCAUUAUUACCAUUGUGAUCACAGCACAUCAGCAUCUUAUGUCUUCUCUUUCUCUGGCGACGAAGCAACUGACCAAAAGCAAGGCCGUUCGACAGAUACCCCUCUAUAUCGCCGCCCAUCUACAAGUAGCCUGACAAGUUAUUCAAGUCAAAGCCCUAACCCUUCAUCACCAUACUCAUUCCAACAGAGCCUUUACAGACCAACAUCUGUUCCCCUUAGUCAUGAUGGUAGCCCAUGUAUCGCUACGAGCAUGCCUCUACACUUUAACACGAAAGAUGGCUCUUCCAAUAAAAGAGCCCAUUUGGACCCACCAAUACCACUAGGAGCAGCUGAGACCCACAGCAUAAGCCCUAGAAGUGAAGGAUUCAUGACUGCUGGCCAACCUGCGUUGGUCUCAUCACCUAUAAUCCAUGAUAAAUCCUCUCUAUUCUCCGCCUCCUUGCCAGCCAGUUUACCACUUUCACCAACAAAGCUACAAUCGGAUGCACAGAGACAGACAGAGCUAAGCGAUAGGGUAAUAGGCUUGGAACGAAACAUGAGUCCCUCACAAAAUCAACAAGGGGUUAAUUCAAGCCUGGCUACACCCUCCCCGGUUUUGAAGUCGCAGAGCUCUUUAAACGCCACAGAAAAGGAAGGCGAGUACAAGUCAAUGCUCAGUACAAUGAGCCUCGAUGGUCAUGGUCAGCACUUCCAUGGAAGCAGUUCCGGCUUCUAUGUCUGCCAAUUAAGUAACCGGUACCGCCAUGGGCUUUAUCCUAUGCCUAUAGUGCAUUUGAAUGACAGCGAUAUCUGGCUGCAUUCGCUUCAAAUGACAAGUGAACGCGAGCUGCCUUCUACUGUGGAGAUGGAAUAUCUACUGGACCUGUAUUUUCGGUAUAUGUACCCUGUUUUUCCAAUAUUCAUACGUCAGACCUUUAUGCAGGAUCACCGCCAAAAGCGGCUCAACCUCGCACAGAUCCUAGUCUUGAAUGCCAUCUUCUGUAAUGCAUGUUGUUUUUCGGACGCCACAGAAACCAAACAAGAUUCCAUAAAGUAUUUCAAUAGAGCUAAGCUCAUCUUGGAUGAGACCUACCACAUCUCGAGUAUCAGCACUGUGCAGGCAUUGCUGUUGAUGUCACACUAUCAAUAUACCGCUGGCAAUUAUUCAGGAGGGUGGCUAUACACGGGGAUGGCGACGCGUGUUGCUCUUGAUAUCGGGUUACAUCGUAGAGAUGCGCAUCCUGAGGAACCAGAGCAAGCGGAAGCCAGAAAACGCACUUGGUGGAUCCUUUAUAUAACAGAUCGCAUCGGUAGUGGCAUCCUCGGACGCCCGAUCGGCUUACGCGAUGGAACUUUCAACGUUGAAAUGCCCUCAGGUGACUGGGUCUAUGAGAUGUAUGGCCAAGAUAUCGACGAGUAUCCUUAUGGGUCAGAGCAUAUGAUCUCUUGCUGCUUCCUCUGGUCCGUCAAGUUAUUGAUGCAGAUGGAGGAUAUCCUCAACGCAAUGCACUGUAUUGAGGCUGAGCUUAAUAGCUCAUUCUUGGCUGAAGCCUCAAGGACUCAACUGCCACAGCUUCAUCACAAAUUGAUAUCGUGGUUUGUCUCCUUGCCUAGCGAACUCGCCUACACGCCCUAUACUACGAUGCCAGGUUCCAAUCUUCCACCUUCGCCUGCCAUUGCCCUCAUGCACAUGUUUUAUUAUACAUGCCUGACAAUACUUCAUCGGCCAUAUCUACGGCCUGUCAAUUCUGCUUUACUCAACGCUAAUUUUUUAGCUUCAUCCCGUAAUAUCUGCAUUACUGCUGCCACCAAUAUUUGCCACAUUGCAGAUUCGCUUAUACUCCACGGACAACUCCGAGAAACCUGCUAUUAUGGCAUAGAAUGCCUCUUGGCUGCAGGGACGGUGCAUGCUCAUAAUGCUAUCACCCCAACGCUAAGCGCUCGAGAAGCAACUCAUGCGGGGCUUUCAAAGAUCAUCAAGGCUGGUAUUGAUUUUGUAAAGACAUUCCCAGCGGCAGAGUCAUUGGUUGCUAUUGCACUAGACGUCUUUGCUGGCCAGGCAAACCCACUUCCAUCAGAGAUGGCGGCACCAACCGAUGUUUCAAGUCUUGCGGUACCUUUUAUGGAUAUGUCUCAUUUACAAUCUAUGACAGCCGGAAAUAUUUAUGAAGCUGCCCAGAUUGCAAAAAUGGCAAAGGAUGGCCCAACCGCUGCACCUUCGAUCCAACUUCGCCAUCCUUAUGGUGGCUUCUCAAUACCGCUUCCCGAAGUUACGAAUGAUCAGGACUCUGCCGGAUUGAGUGCUCUAUGGCAGACGCACAUCGCAAGAGCAAUAGCGCUAACAGCAAUCACUUUCGGAGGAUCCGUCCCGCAGCAAGGGCACGAGCAACAGCACCAACAAAAAAUUUUUACGAAUCCUUUGGAUGUACCAGAGGCACUAAGACUGGACCCGAUUGAGACUAUAGUGCUAUCGCAGGUCGAUCCGAUAGGAAUACUUCACCGCCAGUCAGUUUAG